CAACAGUAGGCCACUUGAAAUGAAUCACAAUAAAGACUAUAGAGACGUACAAGAGAAACAAAAAAAUCCAGUGAAUACCGAAUCAACAGUGAUUCAUUAAAAUAAAUUCCGUUAGCAGCAAGAUUAUCUGUGAUGACACUGAGCAACUUUUUGUUAUUCAACCCACAUAAUCAAAACAAAUCAAUUGAGUUAAAUGAAUGUUAUCACACUCAGUUAUCCUCUCAUUUAAUGCGGUCUAUAUAAAGAUGAAUUCAUUGUAGAACGAACAGUUUAGUUGAAAAAGGUUCGUCGAACGACUUACAUCUCAUCACGCCAAGCAGUUGUCAACACAGUUGUAGUUCACUUGUACAUUGUUGUUGUAAAUUUCGGUUCAAAAAGUUGAACAAAAGAAAACGUACACAGAGCUAAUAUAUUCAGUACGUAAACACAUACUCACACUCACACACAUACACACACUCGAAGUCACACAUUGAAGAAAGAACUGCAUUAGUAUGGGUCGUAUAUCGGUGUUAUUGAAAAUUUGCGUUUCGAUGGUUCUACUGUCAAAAGCAUCGUUGGCCGAUGUCAAUGACGAUACCAACAUCAAACGUGAGAUCAAUUGUACGGCAGUUCUCAUUGAGGCAGCUAAUAAAUUGUCUGAACCGACGAGUCCAACACAAGAAAUGGCUGGCGCAAACGAAGUGGAUUACAAAACGGCAUCGUCCAUUUACGAUUUUACUGUAAAGGAUACAUAUAAUAAGGACGUAUCGUUGGAAAAGUAUCGUGGACAUGUCGUGCUUAUCGUGAACAUUGCAUCACAAUGUGGACUGACCAAAAGCAAUUACGCUAAAUUGACGCAAUUGAAAGCCGACUACUACGAUAAAGGAUUGCGUAUUUUGGGUUUUCCAUGUAAUCAAUUUGCUGGUCAAAUGCCGGAAGGUGAUGGCGACGAAAUGGUGUGCCAUUUGCAGAAGGAGAAGGCCGAUUUCGGUGAUAUCUUUGCUAAGAUCAAUGUUAAUGGAAAUUCAGCCAUUCCACUGUACAAAUACUUGAAGGAAAAGCAGAACGGCUUCUUUGGCAGUGCAAUCAAAUGGAACUUCACCAAAUUCUUGGUCGACAAAAAUGGCAUUCCAGUGAACCGAUUUGCUCCAACCACCGAUCCAAUGGACAUCGCCAAAGAGAUCGACAAACUUUUAUAAAUUGUUGUUAGUCACCAUUCACAGCUCUUUUCUUUUUCGAUUCAUUUGCAUUUUUAUUUAUAAAUUUAAAGAAACGAAAAUAAAAUGUCACACGUGAGAAUUGCACAUAAAUUUUGUCACAAAUCACUUGAGUUCAUGAUGCAGUUAAAGGUCUCAGGCAAAUAAUCAAAACUGGCGUGAAAAAUGCUAUAAUUUCAUUUAGGUUUCUGUUUCGCUCAUUUUUAAUGGCAUAGUUUUUUCUUUUAUUUACUAGUAAAAUGUUUCAAUACCUUUUGUCGCUUUCUUUGUUGUUUAUCCGCAUCAAGCUCAAGUAAAACUAACACAAUUUACCAUUAAAUCGUUAAAUUUUCUAUAUUUCAUUUUUAUAAUGCAAAUCGGUAUUGUUUCAUUGAACAAUUGAAUAUAUGUUUUUCGAGGGAAAGAUUUUCUGUUUAAACUUUGAUCACACAUUUAUACAUGUUAUGAAAGAUUCUGCAUAUUUUUGGGAAAAAAUCACAAUAAAAAAUAUUGAUAAAAUGAAA